ACUUCCUUCAUUGUGACAUGAGUGUACACAGCAUACACUCCCUUCUUGUAGGAGGAGGACGGAGAACAAGUUUCACUCUAGUCUAUGGAUGUGUUACCUAGGAAUUCAUUAUUUCUGCUACAGAUCAAAUAUUAACUUGCAAGACUUGCCAGUAAAUUUUUGCAGCAUUUGGUCAACUAAGCAUGGAAGAUUCAUAGAUGUGUCGUAAACUGUGAAAACCCAAUCUCCAACAUGAUCCAAUAUUUCUGCAAAAAGAUAUGCAAGUUAUUUAAUUUCGGUAUUGAAAACUUUAGUUAAACCCGAACAUAAUGGAGCUGUAAAAUGAGAAUUGUUAAUAAAAUCGGUUUGAUUUGGAAUUAUUUAUGGGAUUCUUAGAAAAAUAGUAUAACACAAUCCUUCCUGGAUGCUGGACCAUGAGCUUUACAAAAUGGAACUUUUAUAUGACCAUCUUUGGAGCACUUUCCUUAUUAUUUGACAUUGGAAUAGAUUUGUGGAUUACAUUCAAAUACUUCCAGCAAGAGCUCCCUGUAUUUGGCCUGCUGACCAUAUUCUUUGUUCUUGUGUCUACUCUGAUAAUACAAGCCUUUAGUUACACGUGGUUUAAAGAUGACAAUCAGGAGGACAGCUUUUGGGAACUAAAAGUGAUCUUCUACCUUCACAUCUUUCUGCUUGGAACAUUUGUUAGAUAUGUGCAUGUUAUAAAAUAUGGGUUCCAAGUCAGUUAUGACCCUCAAAAAAAGAAUUGUGCGGAGACCGAGAAGAGAGCAGUCGAUGCUCUGACAGACCUCAGUAUGUUGAAGUGCUUUAAAACAUAUCUGGAAAGCGCACCACAGAUUAUUCUACAGAUCUACAUCCUGAUGGAGCAUGGGCAGAUCACUAUAUUUCAAUAUGCAUCCAUCUUGGUAUCUGUUGCCAGUAUCUCAUGGUCCACUGUUGAUUAUCAAAUGUCCUUAAGAAAAUCUUUGCCAGGAAAGAAGGGUAUCAGUGUCGGAGCUCCUAUGUUCUCCUAUGUAUUUUAUAAAUUGUUCACUUUGACCUCCUGGAUUGUCAGCAUUGUGUUUCUUCUGAACUGUAGUGUUAACCUCUUCACAGGUCUGGUGGUUGUACUGGGCCUUGGUGGCUUUUUCUGGGCUUGUAAGGAACAAACCAAUUUCUGCAGAACUCAAAGGAUGGAAUUUUUGUACAGGACUAUAGUAGGAAUCAUUUUGGUUUUUACCUUCUUCAAUAUAAAAGGAUCAAGGACUCUAGUUCCUAUAACUAUUUAUUAUGUUGUUCGGACCCUAGCCACGACUGGAAUUCUUGCCUUGUGCUUCUACCUCCGGCCCAUCUUUACAAACACUUUAGUAUUUGUAAUACUUAGUAUUGCAGUAGUUGUUGCCCUGGGGUUGGGUAUUAUUUCUCUGAUUUUGUACUAUGCAUGUUUCCACCCUAGCCUCAGACUUUUGGGACAGAACAUGGAGGAUGCAGUGGAUGGUCCUACUUGUACAGCCAGGAGCCAAAGAAUAAAACUAUUUAUCAUGCAUUGAAAAAUGUUAGCCAUUGUAUAGUUCUUUAUUAAACAUGCUACUGUAUGCAA